AUGUCGCGACCCGUGAAGCGGAGGCCUCAGGCCAUCAACGCCUUGGAGGAGAUUGAAGAUGACCCCAGUCACCACAUCACUGGUCCCUUCAGACCGCAGACCCCUCUCGGCCAAGAGUCGGCGUCUCCUUCCCCAGCCCCCACCCCUUCUCACAAGGAUCCGGACAAACGAUUGCUCAUGGCUGUGGUACCAGUUACGUCACUCAAGAUCCUCCUGGUGGUUGUCUUGUGCUGGGUCAACUGGGAGCUCCUUACGCCAUACCUCGGCCACACCGUCUCAAACCCAUUCACACCCCUCAUCUUCGUGUCCUAUCGCGUGCCGUCCUCGACGGACGAUGACCACGAUACCAAAAAGGAUGUCGUCGUUUUCAAAAUCUUUCGCCCGUUUGCACGAUCGUUUGGCAUCAAGAAAACUGCCAAGCUGGACCGGUUUGGAGAGCAGGGGUACGCCAUGGUUUACUUCGGGAUCAUGGCUGCUUGGGGAAUACGCAUCAUGGGGCAAUUGCCCACUUGGUGGUAUUACACUGAGAACUUUUGGAUCGACUAUCCCCACUGGGAGAUGAAGCCGGAGCUGAAGCGCUACUAUCUGAUGCAAACCGCCAAUUGGUUGCACCAAACCAUCAUCCUUGCCUUGGGACUGGAGAAACCUCGCAAAGAUGUCUACGAACUCAUCGCCCAUCACAUUGUGACACUCUGGCUUGUCUGCUGGAGUUACCUCGUCAAUAUGACUUUCAUGGGGAGCGCCGUGUUUUUGAGCAUGGACCUUCCGGACUCGGCCUUCGCGUUCUCGAAGCUACUCAACUACCUGCAGAUGGAGAGGGCGAAGGCCGUCUCGUUCGUGAUCUUCUUCGGCAUCUGGAGCUAUUUCCGGCACUGGCUCAACUGGACCAUGCUCUACUCCAUCUGGUUCGAGUUCGACCUCAUCCCUGAGGCGUCGAAGCAAUGGCUCCCGGAGUCGGGGGCGUGGAUGGCGCCAUGGAUGAGAUACCAGAUGUUCCUGCCCCUUCUGCUCCUCCAGGGCCUCUGCCUGUUCUGGUAUGUACUGAUCUGCCGCGUCGCCGUCCGCGCCGUGAGCGGCCCCGCUGAAGGGUUCACAGACGACCGGUCAGACGACGAGGGCGACGGUGAAGGAGACGAGUAG